AAAAAUAAAAGCAUCUCAAAAUCCCGAAAAAGAAAAAAAAUCAGCACCUUUAUCCAUUUUGCCGCCGGACUGGGAAAAGAAGAAAUCGGAAAUGUCAUCGGAGCCCCCGGCUUUCCAGGAAGCAUCACGCUGCGAAGUCUGCAAAUGCAGCUUCAACACUUUCAGGCGCCGGCACCAUUGCCGAUGUUGUGGAAGGACAUUAUGCCAUGAACAUUCAUCUAGUCAAAUGGCUUUACCACAAUUUGGCAUACUUUCGUCCGUCCGAGUUUGUGCAGAUUGUUUCAAUAAAUCUUCAGGAUCUGCAAAAGCUGACACUCAGCCUCCUUUAGGUGGAGUUGAUUCUGUUAUGGACGAAGUCUCUAGAUUAGACAAUGCAGUUGCGGGUUCACAAACUGAUGCAACUGUAAAGCCACAGCCUAUUUCAAGUAUUCCAGAUUGCAAGUGUGGAAUGCCGUUGUGUAUUUGUGAAGCUCCAGCACCAGCAACAGAUGCAGCUCCACUUAAGAUAAAUUCUCCAUCUUCAAUGACUUCGUCAAAUCCUAAAUCAAAAAAGACUGACACUGUUCCCAAGAAUAGAGGCUCCACUUCAAACAGUAAAUCUAGUUCGGUUUUCAAUCCUGCUCUGGUGACCAAUGGUACUGCUGCAGAUAAAUCUCAGAUGGAUUAUGAUGUAAAUGGAGAGGGUUUAAGGGAAGCCAUAAAGAAUGGUGAUACUGUUGCAGCCAAAAAGCUUCUAAAUGAGGGUGUAGAUGCAAAUUACCGUGAUAAGCAAGGAUUAUCCUUACUGCAUCUGGCGGCAUUGUUCAAUCGAACUGAUAUAGUUUUCGCCCUCAUGGACUAUGGAGCAAGCAUGGACUACAAGAAUGCACAAGGAGAAACACCAUUCGAUUGUGCGCCAAUCACUUUGCAAUACAAGAUGCAAAUGAAGAUGAAAGAGGGCGAGUGCCGUGAAACCAACUAGACAAGAGAAUCUGAAGGCAAAUACAUAAUAUGCUCAGACAACCGAAAAACUCCAGCUUUAGCUGCCAACUUCCUCGGUAAAAAUAUUGAUAUAAUGCUUCAUCCCUAUAAACAGCUUAGUGUUUGUAUUAUAGCUGGUAGAUGAACUAUCAAAUAAGAUUCCGGACAUAGAGUCUCAAUCAAUGUGUCUUGUUUUCCCCAUUAUUUUUUAUUUUUUUGUCAACAAUGAGAAUGCUGUCGUAAUGCAAUACAAGUUCCUAUAAAAAUGCUAAACUUGUUAGUUAUGUUACUGUUUAGGUAACAUGAGGGAGAUAAUGUGAUGGUCCACUUUGGUCGGUUGAUGAACUAGGCCGUUUUAGUAAGGUCAAAAUAUGUCUUCGGUCCCUGUUCUUUACAUUUAC